AUGGAGGAAAGUUGCGCGGAGGCGAUUGUGAUUGACUCUGACGAAGAGGGGGGCGACACCGCUGGGGAGAAUGGAAAGGCUUCAGCCUGUUUACUAGGCGAUGCGGCGGAGGAGACCGGGAGAGGCGGCAGCGCGGCGGUAGGCGGAGAUCUCCUAGAGUUCGAAGAGGAGGAAAGACAAAGCGCGAACGCGAAAGGAGAGUGCAACGGAGAUUUCGGGCUGGACGACGCGGAUUUCGCACUCGUGGCAGACGAUGCACCGCUCAAGUGGAUCUCCGAGGAGAAUAAAGACUCCGAGGCCCCGCUGUCAUCGGCUUCUCGUCGAUUUUACGUCUGGAAAGAAGAUGAAAGACGCUUCGAAGAGAUCCUCCAUCCUACAGAGGAGCAUGUGACGCUCGCGCGCCGCCGCCUGCAGCUCUUGACCGCUUCAUCCGCCUCGUCUGGCGCUGCUGUCUCGCCCUCGCAUGCGCCGCUCCAGCCCCAGUCUUCCCCUUCUUCGUCUCCCCUUUCUGCGGCGGACUCGGCGCCGAGUUCCCCGUUCGUCGUCGCCGUUCCGAGCGUCGGUGCGCGCGUCCGUGGCGUGCCUUCCUGGCUGUGUGUUCCCCCCGACGUACGCACGCGAGAGGCGCUCAACUCGCUGUGGACGAUAGUUGUGCGCGACGCGCAAAACUCGCAGUCGCCCUCCGAGAGACACGCCGAUCGCCCUCCUCCCGCGUCGUCGUCGUCGUCGUCUUCGUCUGCUUCUGAAGCCGCCACGCCUCCACCCAGUGCCUCGUCUCCCGCACCGCCUCCUUCUGCCGCGUCGCCCGCCCAGGCCGACCUGCAUGCGCUUUAUCCUUCGUGGCUGUUUCUGACUCGAGACUUCUCGCCUGCGCCCGAGCAGAUUGCCGCCCUCUGGCGCCGCGUCCGCGCCGACGUCGCCUCCUUCGUGGCGCAGAAGCGGGAUGCGAAGACGCAGCGCGAGCGAGCGCAGAGAAAGGGUAGUCGCCCCAGCGCCGUGUGCGCCGCGCGAGACGAGGCGGAAGACGAGCUGCUGCCGGCUGUGCUUCUCGAAGAGACGCGCGAGCGAGAGAGGCGAAACGGCGACCUGCCGGACCGCUCAGCGUCGGCGUCCCCUCCCUCGGGCGCUCCCCCCUCGGCUCUGCUGCAGCGACCAGUCAAGAGGGAAGCGGCCAAGCAGACCUCGUCGUCCUUCGUCGCGGAGCUGCUCCGGAAAGCGCGGCCUUCGCAUCCGCCGCACGCGUCUGCAAAGGCGCCUCCCACCUCCCACUCGGCUCCAUCGAUCGUGUCUUCUGCUUUCUCACCGGCUUCUUCUGAGCCGGGAAACCUGGUCGGCGCUCAGGGCGCGUCCAAGAAAGCGCCGCCGCCCGCACUCUCUCUCUCGAGAAAGGCCCUCGGCGUGCACACAGCCGACGUGUUGGGCGAUCGGCUGACCCGCCGCGGGCGCGAGGGCGACGGCGAGCAGGACGGGGUGGACGCGGCUGGUCACCCGAGGAAGAAGCAGACGCCUGACGGUCCGGUGAAGACCUUAUUCGGCGCGGCCGCGGGCGCGCGGCUCGUACCGGAGGCGAGGCGCGGCGCGCGGCUUCCUCUCGCCUCCGCGAAGCACGUCGCGCCGGUGAGGACUCCGAGCUUUCCUUCCGGCGGAAAGCCGGUGGAGCGCCGCCCAGACGCGAAAGAAGAGAGAGACGGAGAGCCACACGCGCCAGGCGGGGCUGCGAAGCGCAGCAGGCACGCGUACACCCCUCUCGCGGAGCGACUCAGACCCGAGACGCUCGAUGAGUUCGUCGGACAGCACGGAAGCAUUCAGGGCGGUCGCGGCACGAUUCGCGAGCUAAUUGAGGCGGGACAUCUGCCGUCGCUGAUCCUCUGGGGCCCGCCAGGCUGCGGGAAGACGACCGUGGCGCUCCUGGCGGGGCGGUGUGCCGGGCGGAAGGCGCGCGCGUCGGCUGCGUCCGGCUCUUCGUCCUCGUCGUCUUCUGUGCCUCCGCCCGUCUUCAAGAAGAUGUCUGCGGUUACCUGCGGGGUGAACGACGUGCGGCAGGUCGUCCGUGAAGCCUUGACGACUCGAGCGACGACGGCGCAGAAGACGAUUCUCUUUCUCGACGAGAUUCACCGCUUCAACAAGGCCCAGCAGGACGCUCUCUUGCCUCACGUCGAGAGUGGAACGAUCAUUCUCAUCGGCGCGACAACCGAAAAUCCGUCGUUUGAAGUGAACCGCGCGCUUCUUUCUCGUUGCCGUGUGUGCAAGCUCGAGCCUCUCUCUGAGGAAGACCUAAAAAUUAUUCUGCAGCGUGCGGCGAAAGAGGAGAGGGUCGUCAUCACCGACGACGCGGUCGCCGUCCUCUGCAGACUGGCGGACGGAGAUGCGCGCCGUGCACUGAACAUGCUGGAGAACGCCGUCCAUCACCAGAGAGCCGCGACCGACGCGCUGACGCCUCCGGUCGCGUCUCCCUCUACAGGCCGCGCGUCUCCUCUCUCUGCGCAGCUUCCUGAUACCCCCGUUGAGCAGGCUGAAGAGGCGCCGAGCGAGGCGGCGCGCAAGCAGCUCCUGAUAGACGUGACUUCUUUAGAGAGUGCCGCGACCAAGUCGCAUCUUCUUUACGACAAAAACCGAGACACGUACUACGACCUCAUUUCGGCGCUCCACAAGAGCGUUCGCGGAAGCGAUGAACACGCGGCUGUGUACUACCUGACGCGGAUGCUGGAGGCCGGCGAAGAUCCUCUCAAAAUCGCGAGGCGCAUCGUUCGCAUGGCUUCAGAGGACAUCGGCUUGGCGAAUCCCUCUGCGCUGCCGCUCUGCGUCUCCGCGUACCAAGCCUCGCACUUCACGGGGAUGCCUGAGUGCUCAACCGCGCUCGCCAUGGCGGUCAUUUACCUCUGCAAAUGCCCGAAAUCCAACGCUGUCGACGUCGCGUACGCGAACGCGAAGAAAAUCAUCCACGAACACCCCGACGCGGCAGUGCCUUUGCACAUCCGUAACGCGCCGACGAGUCUCAUGCGACAACUCGGGUACGCGACGGGGUACGUCUUCACCAACCAGCCGCUCGCGACCCCGCCUCAUCUGCAGCCGCCAGAGUUCAGGGCGCAGACGUACCUCCCAGACGUCCUCCUUGGCACGAAGAUCGUCCCAGACAUCACGCCGCCGAGACAAAACAAAGGCGCGUAG